CCCUUAAACUACCUGCUAAUCAGAUACCUCAAAAUAUAAAAUGAAUCAAAGAGAAAACUUUAGGGCUGUCCACAAGGCAGUAUCUACCUCUGUUCAAGCUCUCGCACUUGGCCUGUGACUCCUUGCUGCCCGCCAUUGCCUUUGAACAUUCAGAGAAAUCGUUUUUGGUGCAUUGCAAGAAGAGUAUGCUCAUGAAGUUGGAGAAGAAUCCAAGAAAAGGAAAAAGAGUGCUAGCACCACUGGUUUAGGGGUGACAAAGGGUGAUGUUAAAGCCGUUGAGCGUGAUUUAAUUUCCAACAAAUAGAAGCUCUCUUUUGUAGGUAUCACUAUCAGGAAAGAAAGGGAUAAGGAAAAGAUGGGAAUUAAAGCACCCGGAGAAAGUGAAGAUGGUGACAUCAAGAGAAAGAAAGAAAGAGCUGGUGGAAAACAGCCUGGGAAGUCCAGUAUAGACAGGUGCGAGGAUGCUGUUGAAAAUAUUGUGAAGAAGAAAAAUACAUUCAAGAAUGAGUGGGAGAAAAUGCAUGAUGCACUUGUAGACACCAAAACAAUUGCUCAUAAAAGUGAUAGUGAGACACAGCAUAGUGAGAUGAAGAGGAAGAGAAGGAAGGAGAAGAGGAAAAAAGAGGAUGGACAGGUAGAUAUUGUGACUGGAGUCAAUCAAGGUGAUGUUUCAACCAUAGUAGAGAUAGAAGAUAACAAAACAGAUGAUGCUACUAUCAGAAAGAGGAAAAAGAAAAAAUUAGGAAGCAAUUCUAAAGAUCUUUCACAUGAAAGGAGUGAAAAAAGAGUGAAAUUUUCAGGUGAUGUUCAGGUUUUCCCUCCAUCUGUUUAUCCAAGUGAUGAGAAGCAUGAAAUUAACGAAGAAAAAUUACUGUACGGCAAAUGGUUCACAAAAGAAGAAGAUGAAAUUGUCAAAGACGCUGUUUAUAGAUACAUCGAGGUACAUAACUUGGGCAAAGAAGGAUUGCAAAAGGUUAUGAACUGUAUAUCUCAUCCUGAAGUAAGGGGCUGCUGGAAAAAAAUAGGGAGUGCUAUACCGUACAGACCUUAUGGCGCAGUUUAUCAGCGUGCACAACGAUUAUUUCGAAGUGGUGAGAAGCGUAAAUAUACUGAAGAAGAGUAUGAGAUGAUACGAAAGUUCCAUGAAGAACAUGGAACCAAGUGGAAGGUCUUGGCCGAUGAACUUGGGAGACAUUCGAGUCAUGUGGGAAAUGCAUGGAAUAGGAUAAAACUGGCCAAUCAGAAGAAAGGAAAUUGGGCUCAGGAGGAAAUCCAGACUUUGUUUGAUUUGGUAAACGCUGAUCUGCUACUGAAGCUCUGUGAAGAGAAGAAAUCUAAGCAUGGGAUGUUACGGGACAAUAUUAGCUGGAGUAAAGUUAGUGACAAAUUGUCCACCAGGAAUAGUGUAUGUUGCUACGUUAAAUGGUACAAACAAUUAACAUCACCGAUGGUGGCCGCAGGUGAAUGGGCAAACACUGAUGACUAUCGCCUAAUUGAUGCCCUUUUUGAACUGGAUCCGUGCUGCAUAGAGGACGUGGAUUGGGACAAUCUUCUUCACCACAGGGAUGGAGAGUUAUGUCGAAAAAGAUGGAAACAGAUGGUUCGUCAAAUAAGUCAACAUGAAAACAAGUCAUUUGCUGCACAAGUAGAAGUGUUAGCUAAGAGAUACCGUCCUGAUUUGGUUGGAGCAAGAGAGGCCUGGGAUAGAAAACCACUUGUUCCAUGAAGUGUCAGCACGGACGUUUCUAUAGAGAGAGAUGCUCAAGGAAUAUGUAUUCUGAGGCGGAUCCAGGUUUUUAAAUGGGGUAAUCCUGUACCCCUUUAUUUUCCGUUUGAACGUGCCAUAAGUAUAUAUUUUAAAAUUCAUUCAACUAUAUAUAGUUCAAAUUGAAGACAUUGAGUGCAGGCGUAGCACACUAGAUUCGUCACUGUAUGGACUAUUGUUGUUUACAAACUUCUGCCACUCUUUUUUCCUCUUUUUUUGGGGUCCUUUUCUUUCCUUGUU